GGGGGUGUCUGUAAUGGGGGGUAUGUCUGUAAUGUUCUCUUUCUCCGUUGCUAUGUGUCUGUAAUGGGGUGGGGGGGGGGAGGGGAGGGGGGGAGCCGCCAAUCUCGAACUUAAAACUUACACUCACUAUUUUCUUCGAAAACAUACGUGAGUUCCACAAAAUAUCAUUAACAAUUUAUCCUCAAUUAGUAUGGGAUCCCCUUUAUGGUACCUCGUAGUCCCUUAAAAGUCCAGUAUGGGUACGAAUUCUUUAUAGCACAUGUUGUACGCACUGCGCUGUACAAAAUGGCAAAUACUAAAUUGAAAACGGAGCGUCAUACUUGGGGACCUUCCAUUGUUAGCUGAAACCAAACAUCUAGUUUUAAGCUUAUCUACUAGUCUUUGCCGUUGAAUGGCUUUUUCAGAGAAAUCGUUCCUAAUAAUGAAAAACAUUCUCGAUCUAAACGUAUUCUGAUUGCUCUUAAUGGAAUCUUCUGAAAAAUAUUUCUCAACGAAUUUUGACUUUACUGGUUCUUCAUAACAGGCGAAGUGUACGUGAAAUAAACGAUACGUAGUAGCUUUGAGAGAAAAUUCAAUGUUCAAAAUAUUGUUGAUUUGCAUGAAAAACAUCAAUUUAGAUUAAUGUUCUAUUUUGUGGAACUCACAUAUAUUUUCGAAGAAAAUAGUUAGUAUAAGUUUUAAGUUGAAGUUUUAACGCGCCCCCUCCCCCUUUCCACUACUGACAAUCCCAUUUACAGACUUUAGUAAUCGAAAAAAAUAGGCUGCAGACUUUCAAAAUUUUUUUGCAACAAUGAUCAAAUUUUUAAAUUUAUUAAAAGUUAUGAAUGUCAUUCUUCAUAUAUUAAUUAUAUUAUAUAAUAGUGCGUUAAAGUCUGCUGUAGGUAUGGUCGAGGUGUUAAACAGACUUGUUUGUCAUUUAAUUCGCUGAUGAUAACACUUACAAUGUUAAAUAAAUUAAAAAAAAAUGAAAAAAUAAAAAUUACAAGAGAAUUGACAAAAUGCAAAUUAAAUUUAGAGCACGCGUUGAGAAAAAUGUUUGCUUGAAAUGCAGAAUAGUGUACGAGAUUUCUUCAGUUUAUGUAUCUUCUACUAGUUUAAUGAGGUAGGGAGCAUAUGCAAGUUUCAUAUUUCAGCCAGAUAGAACUGCGCUAACAAACUCUUCUAUUCGAAAGAAGUUUCAUUGAACGGAUUUCGAAAUCGAAACUCGGUCAAAGAUACGUAAUUGCAAUCUUCAAUUAGAAACGAUUUUUAUCCAAUACAAAACGCCUUAAAAGUCUGUUCAGCUUUAUGAUUGAAUACUUUGAAACAACUGAAACAGUAUUAAAGCUCCAAACAUCAGACUUCGACACUAUUCGCUAGCCUCGUUUUAUCAAAUACUCUCACUCAUAGAAUUUCAUUAUUUGGAAUAUUUACAUAAUCACAAUUUUCAGAUAAUUUCAUCAUAGAGUAUCCAGUAAGAUCUUUGAACGAGAUCCAAAACUUAUUUUCAAAAACUGAAGUAGAAAAUUCUUUGCAUCAUUCAGUUCACAGUACUGCAAUAUUUUUGAACAAAGCCGAUACCUGUGCGUGGGUGUGUGGGUGAAGAAAAGAGCCACAUCCUUCAAUAGUUGUUGAUUCGUAAAAGAGAAUUGCGCGACUUUGCUGUCCUAUUGCGAUGAUAAAAUAAUGCUAUUUUGAUAUUCAGACUUAUUUGAAAGGUAAAAACUCCUUUAGCGAGCGUUAGAUGAGUAUAAAAACAGAUUGUAAAUGGUUAGAAUCGAAUGUCAAUAGAUCUUCAAUAGAAUACUUAAGAUUAUUUUUUAUUCAAAAUGAAUCAACAACGAAACUACUGUUGAUAAAUUGUUCAAAAUGGCAACUGAAUAAAACUAUUAUCUGUAUCGAACUUCUCUAUCUCGAAGAUUAGUAUUUAUCAAGGUAGAAUAAUAAAAUUCCACUGUUUAGCCUGGUGUUUUCUUUCAGAAUUGUGCCUGCGUAGUGCAAAUUUGAAUGCGAAUGCAAAAUGGGUUCAGAAUGGUACCACUGUGGCUGGAGGAAGUAGAGAAGGCAGUAGAAUAGAUCAGCUGCACUAUCCAUGGGGUUUGUUUGUUGAUGAUAAUCAAACUGUCUUAAUUGCUGACAGUUCAAAUCAUCGUAUUAUGGAAUGGAAAUGUGGUGCAAUAACUGGCCGAGUUGUGGCCGGUGGAAACGGAGCUGGAAAUUGUGCGAAUCAGUUAAAUUGUCCGACAGAUGUAAUUGUCGAUAAAGAAAGACAUUGUCUGAUCAUUUGUGAUCAUGGCAAUAAAAGAGUAGUUCGAUGGCCUCGUAACAAUGGUACAAGUGGAGAAACGAUAAUCUCAAAUAUCUGGUGUUGGAGCUUGACAGUGGACGACGAUGGAUCUAUCUAUAUUGUUGACCAUAUAAAACAUGAAGUCAGACGAUAUCGAAUGGAAGAAAGUCAAGGAACAGUGGUUGCAGGCGGAAAUGGGCAAGGAAAUCAUCUCAAUCAGUUGAGCAAUCCCCGAUACGUGUUCGUCGACCGAGACCAUUCAGUAUACGUAUCGGACACAAACAAUCAUCGUGUGAUCAAGUGGGUGGAAGGAGCAAAAGAAGGCAUUGUUGUGGCCGGUGGUCAAGGUCAAGGAAAUGGUCUUACACAACUGUCAGAUCCUUACGGAGGAGUUGUCGUGGAUCAGUUAGGUACUGUGUAUGUGGCUGACUAUAACAAUAAUCGAAUAAUGCGUUGGUAUCAAGGAGCCGCACAGGGAAGUCUUAUCGUUGGUGAGCAUGGCCAAGAGAAGCAGUCGAAGCAGAUCUAUCUACCUACCGGUUUGUCAUUUGAUCGACAAGGUAAUCUCUACGUGAGUGACUAUGGACAUCAUCGAGUACGAAAGUUCAACAUUGCUCAAAGUUAA